AUGUAUGCGUCGGGGCAAAGUCCCAAGUCGUCCAGACAGUCCAGCCCGCUAGUCACAGGUGACAACCCUCGCAAGCGGACACGGACGGCAUGUACUCGCUGCAAAACGAGGAAGCAAAGAUGCGAUAACGCAUAUCCGACCUGCUCGAACUGCCAAAAGGCGGGGGUCACAUGCGACAAGUCCAGCGUGCGAGAAGAGUAUGGACAGAAAAAUGACGACUACACCCGAGCUCUCGAAGAACGAGUUGCAUUCUUGGAGCAGAAGCUUGUCCGGUCAGAACCGUCCGUUGCUCCAAAUGCGACGCCUCAAGGCAGCCAAGCAACACCACCGUCAGGGCUUGACAACAAUCCCAUUGGCGAGAUCGUGGGCCUUCUUGCGCUGAGCUCCUCUGAAGCGCCUGCGUACGUGGGUUCGAGCUCCGGUGUCUCCCUCGCCGCCAACUUGGGAGAGAUGGUCCAGGCGAGCGUGUGGAAUCAGUUCUUUUCAAGAGCCCAAGUGCAGAAUCAAUCAAAUGCGCCUGGAUCUGCGGCACCUCACCAUAUACCAGGCCCCAAUGCAUCGCAGUCAGGUAAUGGUGGCAACGCUAGCAUUCGGGACCGACCUAGCUUGCCAUCUAACAUAGAGCCUCCAAGUGAUGAGGUGGGAUACAAAAUUCUCGAGACAUAUUUCAAACGGCUUCAUUUACGCUACCCGUUCCUUGACCGGAAAGAACUAUGGCGUCUCCAUGGGGAACGCUGGCGGUUGGCAAGAACUAAGCGCGAGGAGCUUUCGCAAUCGGAUCGAUUUGCGAUAUUCAAGCUCAAUCUAGUAUACGCUAUCGGUGCGACGAUGAUUCAGAUUAGCGAUAAAUAUACAGGAACACCUCCAGAGCGAUUUUACUCGGAUGCUCUACAAUAUGUACCCACUAUGUGUGAAACACGUUCUGUCCAAAAUAUUGAAGCAAUGGUACUUCUUGUCGUUUACCAUCUGCGUACAGCAUCGAGCCAUGGAAUGUGGUACAUGAUCGGACUUGCUAUGCGCACCGCUAUCGAUCUCGGCCUUCACCGAAAGGCAAACGAGAUCAAUAUGCACCCAUUCACAGUUCAGCUGCGACGGCGAUUGUUUUGGACGGUGUACUAUCUUGAACGGGUCGUAUGCAUGUCUCUAGGGCGCCCAUUUAGUAUCUCCGAUCGCCACAUAGACCUCGAUCUUCCCAUGGAUGUGGAUGAUGAUGUACAAGACCCAGCAGUGCUGACGGCUCCCCAAGAUGCGACCAGGAAAACAACAUUGACAUUCGCCAUCUAUCUUUUCAAACUGCGCCGCAUCGACUCCCGCAUCCAAAACAAAAUCUACCGAGCCGAUAGGUCUCUGCCUUCUCUGCGGUCCAAAAUGGAUCCACUGUAUCUCGAAUUACAGGAAUGGAAAAACGAAGCUUUUGUUCGAUUCGGCGAAAAUGAUCUCGAGUACCCAAUGCUUCAUUACAACCGAGCAGUGCGAUUACUGAUCCAACCAUUUCUACCCCUUCUCCCCAUCUCUGAUCCAUAUUAUCACAUUUGUCUUCGUUCUGCAGGGGAAAUAUGCCAAUCCCACAAACGUCUCCACCAAACCCUGGAAUACGGCCACUCCUUCCUUGCAGUGCAAACUGUUUUUAUGGCGGGGAUUACUCUGCUGUAUGCACUGUGGACCCAUACGGACGAAGUCUGGUCCGUGCAAAUGAGCAACGAUAUCCGCGCUUGCUCAACAGUGUUAUUCGUGAUGAGUGAGCGCGCGUCAUGGGUGAAGAAGUACCGAGACGCAUUUGAACUACUCGUUAAUGCCUCCAUGGAGAAGUUGCAGGGCAACGAAACUGCCCGAAAUGCAGGCAUGGCAGAGCUUAUGACUGCCCAGCGCGGAUGGACCAAUUUGAAUACGGCUAUACCGGGCAUGGAUAGCGGCGAGAAAUUUGCGCCGGCUAACCCCACAGGCCUGGCACCUGAUACUACAGUGGGCUCUGGAGUUGGCAUUGGGAUAGAUGAUACAGAUCAUGCAGUUAGGAUGGCCCUGCAGCUUGCCCCUUGGAUUGAUCAGGAUGAAAGUGAUCCGCUGUGGAUGCCGGAUUUUGAGACUCUGGAAAAUGUGUCGGGAACUCUUUGGAGUCAUACUAUGAUGCCUUUCGAAGCUCUUUAA